CUUUAAGCUCUCAAACCUUCCAACUUGCCUCUUGUGAAGAUGAAAAGUUUCUGGUCAAGGAUAGCAAUUGCUCUGCUUUUCAUAACAGUAACGGUUUCAGCAAAAGCGGAGUUCGGACAAUGGUGUGUAGCCGAUUCACAGAUACCAGAUUCUGUGACACAAGCAGCCUUAGACUGGGUUUGUAAACACGACGAAGCAGACUGCUUUAAGAUUCAGCCUAACCAGCCGUGCUUCUUGCCCAACACUGUCAAGGGUCAUGCCUCUGUUGUCUUCAAUAGUUAUUACCAGCGUUAUAAGCACAUGGGUGCUGAUUGUUACUUCAGCAGUGCCGCAAUACUCACGCAACGCGACCCUAGUUAUGGUUCGUGCCAUUUUGAGUAUAUGAAAUGAUUCAAAUGAAGGGGCCAAGACAUGAAAGAUGAUGAGUAUAAAGAUUUUUUCUCAUUUUUACUACUACUGGUGAACAAUAUAAAAUAAAUCCAAUGUUUGUUGGAACUUGGCAGUUUCACUUUUUUACUUUUCUGGAGCUAAUGAACAACAGCUUAUUUUCUAAUGUAGAAUUUUGAUAAAUUGU